GCACGUGCGGCAUGCGGCCGCCGGUGCGCGGUCUCGCAUUCAUUCUCGCGGAGAACGUCGUGCCGCGCGCAUCUCGUCGGACGGUGGUAUCCCUACGGCCUGGCACACCCUGCCGUUUUUUCAAACGGCAAGCAGGAUCGUCAUUUCCGGCGCUACCAGCCGGAAAUCGACGUGCCGGUGCUCGGUGCUUGCGUGUAUAUGCGUGCGCGUUUGCAAAACAGCCGGUUCCACGCGCGAUUGGCAACUCCGAGACAACUCGUGAGUGCGGGUGUUGGCUAUCGAUCCCACCGGUCCCGCUUUCUUCCAGCGUUCAUUGGCGCAGCCGUCGUCGCCGGGGCUGCUGCCGCCGCUGCUGCCGCCGCUGCCGCUCACGAUCAGUAUACAAGUGUUGUGCCUUAACGUAACAUACUUAGAGAAUUAGCCUCUGUGAUUCCCCCGUCAACGGAGGUCAACGAGAGAGAGUUCCUUCGUCCGCGUCUUUUAUCCGAUAUCAAGAGACUUGUGAGUUUAUCAAAGAACGGUGGAUCCUUCUCGUGGCGACAGCAUGUCGGCGGUUUAAUUUCCUUCGUCCUUCAUGGGCGAGUACCAUGUUCCUCUGACCUGACAACUUCUUGCACUAUCCGGAAAGCUAAAGGAAACGAAAUAUCAUGGCGUUCUACGACGUGGGAGCGGGCGACCUCAAGGAAUUGUGGGAGUCUUAUAUCUCCGAAGCGAUCACUCCGGAUGUCCUAAUGAACACCAAAGAAGAGGAUUGGGGCAAUGUUGUGUGCCAAAGGGACAGUGUGAUCCUAAGAGAUCGCCUAAUGACAGAUGCAGCUCUCGGAGGACCACGACCAAUAAAAUCCGAGCAUAGUUACAGUCUUUUGGUUCCCAGUCCCCCGCCGAGUCCGACAACGCCUGAAGAUAAUCCUCAUAUUCCCAAUUCGUGUUCUGGUGCAGUUGGUUCUACCGCAGUGACUACUAGUUCCUCCAUCGAUUUCGCCAAUCUGGAUCAUAAAUCUCUCGAUAUGCGCAGCAGAAUUGACGAUAUGGAAGAGGAAUGUUUUCCGGCUAUUUCGAUAAGCAGCACCUCGAACCGUAUCGAAUCGUCGUCGUCGUCGCCGUUGACGGCGUCCUCUACCUCGUGCGUAAUUCUCAAGAGGGACAACUUAGUACCUGAAGAUAACGAGUGUCCUGAAAUCAAGGGCGAACCUAUCAGCGCGCCGGCAAGUCCCUGCGCGCCUUGUCAGCCGAGUUGCGAUAUGAUGGACGAUAAGAGCACGAUAACAAUGGUGUCGACACAGAGUCUUCAUUUUGCCAAAACCCAACUCUCGCAUACGAGUGACAGUGAGGAGGACGACGAGGAGUACUAUCAGAGUAUGGAGAUUGAGGAGUACGGCGUAGCCUGCGAAGGGAAGGAAGCGACCUUGCGUGCGUCGAGACAGGGUUUGCCGCCCACGCCGCCCAGCAGCGCAAGCUCCGACAGCGAGGGUACCGCUUCCGCUUCCUGUUCGCCGGAACGCCGAGAUUCCCAAACGUGUACGCAGAAUCUCAGAGGUUUGCUGGGGCCGAGGCUUUACGUCACCAACGGCACUCACACCACCAGGCAACCCAUUCAUACGCAUCUGAUUUCCUCUCAGCCGAAAGGAUCUACCGGAGUGUUGACAUUGACGGAGGAAGAGAAGAGAACUUUGAUAGCCGAAGGAUAUCCUGUGCCCACAAAGCUUCCUCUGACGAAACAAGAGGAGAAAUCUCUGAAGAAAAUACGAAGGAAAAUCAAGAAUAAGAUAUCGGCGCAAGAAUCGCGAAGAAAGAAGAAGGAAUAUAUGGACAAUUUAGAAAGAAAAGUCACUAUAUUGACAAAUGAAAAUUCUUCAUACAGGGAUAAAGUAAUAUCUCUAGAAGACGCAAAUCGCGAACUAAUAAAAGAAUUGCAUCGUCUUCAGACUUUGCUGCAGCUACAACAUUCUUCUUAGAUUUAUUGGCUAAUGUCUAAUGUAGCUCAAAUUUAUUUGAAUCUAUUCAUGAAAUUUUAUCUUUGAAAGAUUUAACAAAGCUGUCCAAAAAUAAAUUUUCGAUCUGAUGUAUCUUUGCGAUAAUGUCAAUGAGCGUCUAUUUAAUCAGCUCACACUGUUGCGAUGAUUGAAAAUUAUAAAAUCGUGAAAAAGAUUUUAAAUUUUCAUAUCUUUUACAGAUGAUAUAAAAAUUUAUCUAUAUUUGUCAAAUUGCUCUUCCAUAUAUAAAUAUUAAUCUUUAUAAUGUUGAUGAGAUGAAUAUAAAAAUGAUGUUUUUAUCGCUAAGUCACAGAUCAAAGUUAAAAAGAGAAAAUAUUUUUUUAGGGAUUAGUGCAAUUUUUUUCCUUACAUUCCAAAAAUGUCUUCCUCGGAUACAAAACGCGACGAAGUGUGCAGCGUUUGAAGUAUCACAAUUGAAGAUUUAUAAAUGAUAUUUUAAACGCUGCAAACUAUUUCAAUAAUUUUCAAUAAUUUAAGAUAUACCAAUAUAGAUAGUAUAUUCUUCGCUAAAUCGACAUAUUUUCGCCAGGAGUGCCUUCAUGGGUUUAUUUCCAUAUUUCUUCCAGCCUUGUCGGAGGAUGUAUAGCUAAUUUAUAAUAUUUCUCGCGAUUAUAUGAUUAAGCUUUUUUAAUUUCAAUAAAACAGAAAAAGAAUAUCAGAUUCCAUUUGCGAUAUUUGCAUGUUGCGAAAAAUGAUUGUUGGCUGCCAAAAUCAAUGCAACGAGGAGUUUUGAAAAAAAACGCCGAAAAUGUAAACAGCCUUUGGAUUAUUCCUUAUAUUUAUGCCCCAAAGAUGGUGACGAUGUUUUGGAACCGUUUGGGACCGAAGAAAUAUACCUUUGAUAAUACCAUAAUAACAUAUAUAUCUAUACUAUAAUCCACUUUGACGCAAUUUUGUCAAUGGAUUCGUCUAUAUAAAAAAAAAUAUAAUAUAUGACAUAUUUUAUAGAUAAGAUAAGAGAAUGAAAGUAUGAUUAUUAUUAUUGUGUAGAAAAGUGUGAUGUAAAAAUAGAUCCGAUGCAAUCGACCAAGUUAUUCCAUUUAUAUUUUAUCAAGAAAAUAUUCAGUUAUAUAAUAUGAUAAAUAAGAUUAUUGUACAGAUUGACUUGAAGAAAAUGAUUAUGUUGAAUUAAAGGUAUGCUAUUUUUUUUAAGACGCAAUCACUAACACUAAAACAGGUGUUGGAAUAAGUGGUUCUAAGAUUAUUGAUCACCUGCAACGAUGAUUAUUUAUUUUGUGUUUAAUUCGAAGCGACAGAAGCAUUUGUAAAAUAUAAGUUUAGUAAAAUGUAAGAUAUAUUUUGCUCGUUAAGAAACAUCUACAAUUACGUUUGAAAGCCUAUAGAAAUCGAUUAUUUGAAUGGUGACCGAGUUAGCUUUAUCACAUAAAUAUGAAGAUGUUCAAGAAAAUUAUGUAGGACGAUUUCUUGAUAUUUUCAAAUGUGAAGCUGAAUUACUUGUGAUGUAAAAAGUACUUUGACCGAGUUAAUUAAACCGUCACCACAUCCCAACCAACAUUGCAAUUUUUAAAAAUAAUUUUUUUUGUAAUUUUCUUUCAUAAUUAGUGUAAGAUCGCGCGGAAAGUAUUGUCACACGAUAAUGGCAGAUCUCGCGGCUACUUACCACAUGAAAGUCGUGGAAAGGGACCAAUGCGUGCAAGAUGAGAAGACUUUUUCUUCUUCUUCUCCUCUCUCUCCCUUUCCUUUUGCUUCACGUAAUUGCCAAAUAAAUAGAAUUUAGUGUCGUCCAAGAGACAAUAUUUGUAUUAAAUGGUCACACAUACCUCGCAUGUCUAAAAAACGAAUCGCGCGGCUACUCUUGCAUUAAUAUUUUAUCACUUACAUGCAAUAUAUAUAUUUGACCGACAUGAUCUUAUGAUCGUAUGAAAUGUAUGAUAAUGCGUAAAAUGCGUAUGUAUAUAGGAUGGCUAUGUAUAAGGAAUCUUUAUCUACUUGUCAUUUUUGAGAAAUUUACAUACAUAUCACGUUUAAUUGGUGAAAGUAAAUUAUUAAAUACUUUCAGCCACAGAAUCGUUUUGAUAAAUUAAACUCGACUUCAAAUUCAUUAAAGAAUGAAUUCUCCAUUGCUAAUUUUCGCAUUUCCUAAAUCAUAUACCUAAAUCACUAUAUACAUACGCAUAGUAAUGAGUAGCUCUUACAAAACGAAAAGAUAGAAUGUCAGAAUUAUUUUAAAUUAUUUUUUAAAGGCCUUAGAUAAUUUGAUAAAGAGAUCUGCUGAAGAUAUGUUGUCGAGAAGAAGUCAAUGAAUAAGUCAAUAAUCGUAACAAAUGAUAGUAAUCGAUUAACGUAAAUCUGGAUGUAAAGACACUUCCAAUGUAUUCCGCAGACUUCACGAGCGCUGAUCGCCCAAGAACUUUUAUCUUUUUGUCUGCGUAUAUACAUAAAAAUAUAUGCAUAUGUUUUUAAUUACCACAUGCACAUUCGCGCAUGAUAAUUAUAUAUUUGUACAAAGCAGCAGAGCAACGAUUUUUACCGAAAACAGAGAGUUUAAUAUAUUCUAUGAGAAUUCUAUAUAUAUAUUUUACAAUAAAUUACAUAAACGUUCGACAAUGAAGGAAGUCGCACAGUUAUCUAUUAGGAUAUAUAAAUUUAUCGCUAUUACCAUUCUCAUUAUCAUGAUGUAUCAUUUAUUUCUCAUGUACGCGAUACCAGCGUUAUGCAUCUCAGUACUUGGCGUCUAUAUUUAUCCAGAGAGAAAAAGAGAGAGUCCCUAUAUAAAUAUUAAUAAAGAUAACAUAAAUAUAAAUAUAUAUUCUAUUCGACAUGCGUCGAAUUUACGUGUGCGUGUAAUGUGUCAAUGUAAAACGCAGCAUCAUGUCGUCAAUGUAACAUGCGGUGCUGCAAACACUUCGAAUGGAUGUUAUUCGACAAUAAGAAAUAAAUACUUGUGA